AUCCUUCUGGAGAAUCACUAGUGUUUGCCAGUCUAAGAGCAACUUCUGUCUCCAGGCAGACUCAAGCCUUUGAAGCCAAAAAACCGGCUUCAAAGAUACUGACAUUUGCUUUGCUAGGCCCUGUGAGACUUCAGGCCCUUGAUGCAAAUGGGCAACUGCUGAAUUAGGAGUACUGGAGUGGGGGGCGGGGUAUGUGUGUCGUAGUCUACAGGAAUGACCAGCAGGGGCUGCCGCGUGCUCCUACGUUGUCCACGUGUGCCCAAAGCUCCACCGCCAGCCCUGUCUCCUCUGCCCAGGCACAACCCUGCUCCAAACCCCGUACCGGGGGGGCUGGAGGCAUGCUGGAAUGGGCCCCCUGUGCCACUUUUCCGGGAGGAAGGGGACAGGAAGGAACCAAUGGUCACAGGUUCCACUCACAAGAGGGAAAAACCUGGGAGUGGGGGGUUCCUUUAUGGAGGUCACAUGCCCCGCACAAAAACAUCCCGAAGAGAACUGGUACUGACUGAGUUGGCGCCGGGGGGUGAAGACACCCCAGGGAGGAGGCGGCACCGCGAGCGGGGGACGCCCGUCUCUGAUCCCACAAGGCGCGUCAGGGAAAGUUGGACUUCAUUUCGCCCAGGAUGGAGACAACUCCUCCCUCACCCCCACGGCGGCCACGAGGCUCAAGGGAGGGUCAACGGAAGCCAGGUGAUGCGUGUGGGACCUCGGCCAGGAGUCCGGCCGGGCCCGUCCCCACCCCUCCCAAGGCCGGGACUUUAUUAAGGCAGGAGACGUCAGGGGGGAGCCAUUAGCUCCGAGGAACGCGAGACCUGGCGGGAGCGCGAGGCGACCAGCCUGCGGAGAGGAGUCGGGUCCAAGAAGGUUCUCCAUACAGAUUCUUGUGACUUUAAUGACCAGGCAACUGGGGAGGUACAAGGUCUUUCCAGGAAGGGAGGAAAUCUCUGGAAGAGAGGGGAAAGACCGGGACAAGCCAAGCCUGGGGUGCUGUGGGAAGCUGAAGGAGGAGACCAGCAGGAGCAGCAGGAAGAAAGCCCAGCCUUUGGUGGAGGUUGUGUUCUUGACCAUCUGAGCUCAGUCCACUUCUGACAAGAGGGGCCACCUCAGGGGACACUCAAGACUUGUGUUGGUUGGGCCCUUUCCCUCUGGAUGCCCUCUACUCCACUCCGAGGACCCUACACUGAGAACCAAAGAUAUCCCCCAGGCACAGCACUGGCCAGCCGGGGGAGGGCAUCUGCACCCCUAGUGGCCGGCCACUGGUCUGGUGAGGAUUUGCUUGUUUCCCUCCAGCCCACGGCUGCAGUGCUUGAUGGGGCUGCCUGUUGGCGGAUCAGUUUUUGCAGUGCCCGGUAGGAGCCGAGCCGUGGGAAGAGGUCCUGCGGCAUCUGAGCCUGGGUUUGCCCCAAGACUAAGUUCUUUCUCAAGUUAGAAAGGGAGAGAGAAAGCAAAGAAAAGGAAAGUUCUCCCCCUCCCCUCCUCCCUGCCCGUCAUGUCCUCUAAGCCGGAGCCGAAGGACGUCCACCAGCUGAACGGGACUGGCCCAACUCCCUCUCCCAGCUCUUCUGAUGGCCCCGGGCGAGAGCCCUUGGCUGGGACCUCAGAAUUCCUGGGGCCUGAUGGGGCUGGGGUGGAGGUGGUGGUGAUUGAGUCUCGGGCCAACGCCAAGGGGGUUCGGGAGGAGGACGCCCUGCUGGAGAAUGGAAGCCAGAGCAACGAAAGUGACGACGUCAGCACCGACCGUGGCCCUGCACCACCCUCCCCACUCAAGGAGACCUCCUUCUCCAUCGGCCUGCAAGUGCUCUUCCCCUUCCUCCUGGCAGGCUUCGGAACGGUGGCUGCUGGCAUGGUGUUGGAUAUCGUGCAGCACUGGGAGGUCUUCCAGAAGGUGACGGAGGUCUUCAUCCUGGUGCCUGCACUGCUGGGACUUAAGGGGAACCUGGAAAUGACCCUGGCUUCAAGGCUGUCCACUGCAGCCAACAUUGGACAAAUGGACACACCCAAGGAGCUCUGGCGGAUGAUCACUGGCAAUAUGGCCCUCAUCCAGGUGCAGGCCACGGUGGUGGGCUUCCUGGCAUCCAUCGCAGCUGUCGUCUUUGGCUGGAUCCCUGAUGGCCACUUUAGUAUCCCGCAUGCCUUCCUGCUGUGUGCCAGCAGUGUGGCCACAGCCUUCAUUGCCUCCCUGGUGCUGGGUAUGAUCAUGAUUGGAGUCAUCAUCGGCUCUCGAAAGAUUGGGAUCAACCCAGACAAUGUGGCCACACCCAUUGCUGCCAGCCUGGGCGACCUCAUCACCUUGGCACUGCUCUCAGGCAUCAGCUGGGGACUCUACCUGGAACUGAAGCACUGGCGAUACAUCUAUCCUCUAGUGUGUGCCUUCUUCGUGGCCCUGCUGCCUGUCUGGGUGGUGUUGGCCCGCCGGAGCCCAGCCACAAGGGAGGUGUUAUACUCAGGCUGGGAGCCUGUCAUCAUUGCCAUGGCCAUCAGCAGCGUGGGAGGCCUCAUCUUGGACAAGACUGUCUCAGACCCCAACUUUGCAGGGAUGGCUGUCUUCACACCUGUGAUUAAUGGUGUUGGGGGCAAUCUGGUGGCUGUGCAGGCCAGCCGCAUCUCCACCUUCCUCCACAUGAAUGGGAUGCCAGGGGAGAACUCUGAGCAAGUUCCUCGCCGCUGCCCCAGCCCAUGCACCACCUUCUUCAGUCCAGAUGUGAAUUCCCGUUCGGCUCGGGUCCUCUUCCUCCUUGUGGUCCCAGGACACCUGGUGUUCCUCUACACCAUCAGCUGUAUGCAGGGUGGGCACACCACCCUCACACUCAUCUUUAUCAUCUUCUACAUGACAGCUGCACUGCUCCAGGUUCUGAUCCUCCUGUACAUCGCAGACUGGAUGGUGCAUUGGAUGUGGGGCCGGGGCCUGGACCCAGACAACUUCUCCAUCCCGUACUUGACUGCCCUAGGGGACCUGCUGGGCACUGGGCUCCUGGCACUCAGCUUCCAUGUCCUCUGGCUCAUUGGGGAUCGAGACACGGAUGUUGGGGACUAGCAUGGCCAGUCAACCCUUUCCCCAUCCCUCUGCCCUUUCUCUUUGGAAUUUUGUCUUUUGUUCCUUUACCCCUCCCCCACCCACCCCCCUCUCCACACUUUCUGGACAUCUCCACUUUGAUACCAAAUUCUCAUUAUUUUCAAUGGGAAUUUUUAUGCAUUGAGCCAAGUUUGGAUAGCAAGAAUUCAGGAAGAACAGAUGGGCUGAGAUGAGCAGUACAAGCAGACUUGAGACAAUCACCAAGUGCAAUUCCAUAGUGGGUGCCUCCAGGCGGGGUAGACUGGGACAGGAGGUUCUGGCUGGGAUGGGGAAUAUUAGGUUUAGCUUUAGUAACUUCAGUCUUGGCCCUAAUGAGAAAUCCUUUGGGAGUGAGCCUUGGCUUGGGGGUUCUGUUAUUAUUUUUUUUUUUCCUUUUUGGUUGAACAGAGGGAUAGAA